CUCUCUUUUAGUUUUAAUGAACUGGGUAGAGCAAGCGUGGUUUGUGAAAGGAGUAGUAAGAGACCUUUCUAUCCAUAGACAGCCUCUGGGGAAAUCCCUUAGUCAUGAAUUAGGUGAGAAGCAGUGUUUCAAAAACAGUAGGAGGGACUUAGGAAUGGAAUAGAGGCAAUAAAGUCUGAAGUUAGAGAAAUGGAAAGUAUAAAAGGGUUCAGUCAUUCAUUUUUUGGUUGCAGGAUAUUAAAUAUACUUGUCCUCAGCCCUUGUCUGUACAGACCCAUAAAUGGCAGGCACAUUUUAUGUCAGAGCUUACUGCACUUAAUGGCUUUACUUAAUUAUAGAAACUUCUGUCUUUGCAUACAGGGUCCAUAGCCACAUUCUCAAACAAGGUUUUUGUUGGUUAACUUUUUGUAUUUAAAAACAGUGUGUUUUAUUCAGGAAUGAUACAACUCCCCGCUCUAUUAAACAUACAAAAACACUAAUGGUUUUCAGAAUGCAUGGCACGAGUUAAAGGUUUUGAACAUGCGCUUGUGUAAUGGACACAGCCUCUAGUUCUCUUUAUUGACCAAACAUUGUAUUUUAAUUUGAAACCUUCAUUGGCUGAAAGUUUGCCAAAUGUGUAACUCACCACUGAUCUAACAUUAAGAGCAGGUCUAAACAUGCACAGUAAUACGAAGGUUGCCAGCCCUUUGCUCGUAUCUGUGGAUACCAAAAACAGCAGAACCAGUUCAGAAUACUAGAACAACAGAAUGCAGAACAAAAUCUUGUUGUGCAAGUUUUAAAACUUUUAUCUGUGUAACCUUUGUAAGGAUUGUAGUGGGGUUUUUUGUGCUUUGUAGUUAAGUAGCUCUAGUCCUCAUGUUCCACUGUGUUUCCUUCUGCAGUAUAUAUAGUAGCGAUGAUGAUGAUGAAGAUGUUGAGAUGUAUGAUCACGAUUAUGAUGGUCUGCUUCCUAAGACUGGAAAACGUCACUUAGGAAAAACCAGGUGGACCCGCGAAGAGGAUGAGAAAUUGAAGAAACUGGUGGAGCAGAAUGGCACAGAAGACUGGAAAGUCAUUGCCAAUUUCCUUCCUAAUCGGACAGAUGUGCAGUGCCAGCACCGAUGGCAGAAGGUGCUAAACCCAGAACUUAUUAAAGGCCCAUGGACUAAAGAGGAGGAUCAAAGGGUAAUUGAACUCGUGCAGAAAUACGGUCCAAAGCGCUGGUCUGUCAUUGCUAAGCAUUUGAAAGGAAGGAUUGGAAAACAGUGCAGGGAGAGGUGGCACAACCAUUUGAAUCCAGAAGUGAAGAAAACCUCCUGGACAGAAGAGGAAGAUAGAAUUAUUUACCAGGCACACAAGAGGCUGGGAAACAGAUGGGCAGAAAUCGCAAAGUUGCUGCCUGGACGAACUGAUAAUGCUAUCAAGAACCACUGGAAUUCCACCAUGCGCCGCAAGGUUGAGCAGGAGGGCUACCUGCAGGAGUCCUCCAAAGCCUGUCACUCCUCAGCAGCCACUGGCUUUCAGAAGAACAACCACUUGAUGGCCUUUGCUCACAACCCACCUUCUACACAGCUGCCAGUUGCUGGCCAGCCAGCGCUGAGCAAUGACUACCCCUACUACCACAUUUCUGAGCCACAAAAUGUCCCUGGUCAGAUCCCAUAUCCAGUAGCACUGCACGUAAAUAUUGUCAAUGUUCCUCAGCCAGCUGCUGCAGCUAUUCAGAGACACUAUAAUGAUGAAGACCCUGAGAAAGAAAAACGAAUAAAGGAAUUAGAGUUGCUACUAAUGUCGACUGAGAAUGAACUGAAAGGGCAGCAGGCAUUACCAACACAGAACCACACAUCAAACUACCCCGGCUGGCACAGCACCACAGUUGCUGACAGUACCAGGAGCAGUGGUGACAAUGCACCUGUUUCCUGUUUGGGGGAACAUCACCACUGUACUCCAUCUCCACCAGUGGAUCAUGGUUGCCUACCUGAGGAAAGUGCAUCCCCUGCACGGUGCAUGAUUGUUCACCAGAGCAACAUCCUGGAUAAUGUUAAGAAUCUCUUAGAAUUUGCAGAAACACUCCAGUUAAUAGACUCCGGCAGUGCGGCUCCAUGGGUCCUUCUUCGCAAAAGGAGAGGGCACUCCGGCCCCUUAGCCAGUGGGCACAGUAGCACCUUGGUCCUAGCUGACGUCAGCAGCUCAACUCCUCCUAAGCGCUCCCCUGUCAAAAGCCUGCCCUUCUCUCCCUCGCAGUUCUUAAACACCUCAUCCAACCACGAAAAUGUGAACCUGGACAACCCUGCGCUAACAUCCACGCCAGUGUGUGGCCAUAAGAUGGCUGUCACCACGCCGUUCCAGAGGGACCAGACUUUCAAAGCUCAGAAGGAAAAUCAUGUUUUCAGAACUCCAGCAAUCAAGAGGUCGAUAUUAGAGAGCUCUCCAAGAACACCCACUCCAUUCAAAAAUGCACUUGCAGCUCAAGAAAUCAAAUAUGGUCCUUUGAAGAUGCUGCCUCAAACUCCGACUCAUCUUGUAGAAGAUCUGCAGGACGUUAUCAAGCAGGAGUCAGAGGAAUCUGCAAUAGUGGCUGGGCUACAUGAAAGCGGACCCCCUUUGCUGAAGAAAAUCAAACAAGAGGUGGAGUCUCCAACCGAUAAAGCUGGAAAUUUUUUCUGCUCAAGUCACUGGGAAGGAGAAAACCUGAACACUCAGCUCUUCACACAUGCAUCCACUACAGAAGAUGUGCCAAAUCUUCUUACCAGCUCCAUUUUAAAGAUGCCUGUGGCUGAAGAGGAUGGUAGUUUUCACAAAACAGUUGCAGUACCUAGGAACAGACCACUAACUAGUCCUCUGCAGCAUCUGAACAAUGCCUGGGAGUCAGCGUCCUGUGGGAAGAUCGAGGAUCAGAUGGCCCUGACGGAUCAGGCACGCAAGUACAUGACCGCCUUCCCCACCCGGACUCUGGUGAUGUGAAAGGGUCGAUGGACAGAGAAGCAUUAUGGUUUUGAGAACACUUUGCCUCCAAUGGGAAAUUCCUGUUCCUCUGCAUGAAAACUUUUCAUGAAUGGGAGAAGAACCUAUCUUUGUUGUGGUACAACAGUUGGGAGCAGCACAAAGUGCAUUUAGUCACUCAGCAUGUAUAUUCUUGUUGGAUUUCACCCAACUUAAGAGGAUUGUUUUGUUGUGUUUUUUUUUUUUAAUGAUACUUGCCUAAAUUAUUAGGUAUUGAGUUUGAAUCAGUAAUUAAUGAUCUUAAGUGCAGACUUAUAAUAAUGAUAGUUUUUCUUGUACUUCUGGAGAUCAAGCAGACCUAAUACACCAGUAUUGUUAUUUCAGUGAUGUGCUAGCCAGGGGUGGGGGUUUGUUUGUUUCUUUUUAAAUUUUUUAUAAUAAAAGAGCAGGUACUCAAACAGAUGUAUUUUAAAUCACUGAACAAAAUGCAUUGGUAUAAAAGUACUGAAGUGAAAAGCAUUACUACAAACGCUAGUCUGUGCAAAGGGGGAAAACUGAUCAAGAUCAUGAAUGCUCAAACAUCCAUGCCUCUUGAAAUUCUCUUUUCUGUUGUGGUUCUAGACCAUUAUUCAUUGUGUGUUUCUGUCUGGGAGGGUAAUUAGCUUGCUUGAAAAAAUAUUACUGUAUGAAACAUAGAUUUAUGAGAAAAAUUAUAUUUUUAUUCAGUAAUUUAAUUUUGUAAAUGCCAAAUGAAUACUGUGUUUUGCUGCUACAGACCUUAGCGUGUAGACAUGCUGCUAGUGUAAAAGGAGUAGAGCUUUGUAUGGAAAGAAAACAAAUGUUGAUGUUAGCUGAUUGACUAUGCACUAGCAUUUCAGAUCUUUUUAUUUUAAAUUUUUUUACAUCAUUUAUAUUUUUUCCCCUUUUGUUUUUUUAUAAGCAAUAUUUUUGAACACUGUUCCUGGGAGAUUUCUUUUUUGUCUAGAUGUGCUGUUUUGAUUCUCAUUGGUUUGUAACAGCAUGCAUUGCACCUUCAUACAUUUGGGAGAUUGCUGUCGUGUUCAUGUUGUCUGUUUUGUUCCAUGUCUAGCUAAUUGUUCCCUAGCUUGGGUCUUGUAUACUGAAUCAGGUUCGUAGAAAUAUGUGGUUCUAUGUACUGCCACACCAAAUCUUUACUAAUAUGGCAAAACACUGAUUUUAUUUUAUUUUUUUAUUGUUUGGGUUUUUUUAUAACAGCCUCUGACUUUGCUGCCUUAAAAGCAUUCGGUGCGGCUUCACCUGCACUUAAUUUUUUAUACGAAAAUGUACUGCCUUGUAGAUAAAUAAAGUGUGUUCUUUUUUACUUAAA